AUGAGGUACGCUUGGCUGGUGGUGGCAGUGUUGUUCUUGGCGAACGCCAUCACCGCCGGGUACAUGAGGAGCUUCGGCGUCAUCUACAACGCCGUCGAGAUCGCCUACCCCGACACCUCUGCCACUGCAGGGGGCGCCGUCGUCGCUCUCCUCUCCGGAUGUAGGAACAUUUUAGCACCUGCGAUGGGGGCAGCCGCGGUCCAAUUCGGGGCGAGGUUGGUCAUGAUAUGCGGUAUUUUCCUUUGCUCCGUGGGCCUGUUUGCUUCCUUCUUCUGCAAUUCUGUCGACACCCUCGCCAUUACGCUGGGUGCCAUGAUGGGCACGGGCAUGUGUGCAGUGUAUACCGGACAGAUUAUAGUAAUGCCGGACUAUUUCCGCAACAAAAAGGAACUCGCAAAUUCCAUCCGUGUAGCAGGCCUUCCGCUCGGGGGUGCGGCCUUCCCGUUUUUCUUCCUGCCCAUAUUCGAAAAUUUCGGACUUAAACUCACCUUCAUUAUCUUAUCAGCAUUGUUCGCACAGCUUGCCGCGUUUGUAUUCCUGAUAAGACCAUUUUCAGUUCAUGUAAAAAUGGCUGAAGUCCAAAAAUCACGCAAAGAAAAGAGGAAGCAAAUCGCUACGAACUCUGUAAUAGCUAUAAACCAUACAGAAUCACCACAGGAAACUGAAUUAAAGGCGAAAAAAUUUGACCUAAAGCUUUUCUUAAAUCCUAUUUAUUGGACUCAUAUUGGUGCGAUUGUCGGAUUGUCAGCUGCUCUUCCUCAAGCUCAUUAUUUCUUGGCCGUUUACGGCAAAGCCAUCGGAUUCUCACUUGAACAAAACUCUAUUUUGAUCGCGUUCCAAUCGGUGCUGGACGGCGUCACUCGACUUUUGAUCGGCUGCAUGCUUGACAGAAAACUUUUCAAGAAGACGCACUGCCUCGCAGUGUGCCUGGUAUCAGCCGGCAUUGGUACUGUAAUGAUCCCAGCGUCAACCAACUUCUGGGUGGUGAUGUGCACCUUUAGCCUUUUCUCGCUCGGAAGCUCCGGCUACUUCGGUACCAUCAAUGUCAUUCUCAUCGAUCAAUUUGGGGCAUACAACGUGGCGUCCUCUUGGGGAUUCAUUCGUAUGAUCCAAGGAAUCCUAAAUUUUUUGUACCCUCCACUACUUGGUUAUUUCGUGGAUGUAACGGGCAGCUACCUUCUGACUUUCGUGAUCAUGGGCAUCGGUACCAUUUUCGCGGGUCUCUGCAUCGCAGUACAGCCUCUCGUUGCCCGGGCUGCUAAGAUCGACAUGAUUUUCUAUUAGACGAGAACAAUGACUUCGACUGAUGAAUGUUAUGCUGACAUUCUAUGUGAAUCGCCGGAAAAUUUUAAAUAAAAUUGUAACCGAAGCCAAUUCGCGUCGGUCGCUUAAUUAGUAUGAAGCAUUGUUAAUUACUACGAUUGGAAAGGUAUUUUCAGUGUAAUUCACGACAUAUUGAUCAUGUUAUACGCGUCAUUGUGAAUACCUCGUGUUAUCACUGUGAGAUUUCUGUAAUAAAACGUAUUUGACACAAACAUCGCCAACUCCUUUCAAAUAAUUCAUGGUCAUUUAUCAAAUAAUGAAAUACUUCCUCAAUUAGCAUCUAUAUUUAUUGACGAGGAAAAUUGUUUAUUGUUCUUUUCAGUAUUUCGGCCAUGUGCCCAAAGCUAUGCCAAGAGAAUCUAAAGAUUUAUAUAGAAAUACUUCUCAAACAUUAAUCUUCAUACUUUUU